AUGUCUUCAGUCAUUAAGCCGUGUGCUGCUGCUGAGGAGAAGGGUUCACCUGCUGCGGCCACUUUCAAAUCAUCUGGAACUCCACAGUACAUUAAAAUCAUAUACAUAGCUCUAAAUGUUUUUGCAGCAUGCAGUAUCGUCUUCGCAAACAAGAUUGUGUUUGCUGUCUACCAUUUCAAGUUCGUGACUACCUUGACGCUGAUCCACACCUUGUUCACAUGGCUGGGCAUGAUUAUGAUGCAGCAGCUUGGAUUUUUCGACUCGAAGAGCUUCACACCGCUGGAAAUCGCUCCAUUGGCGCUGGGUUACGUGGGCUACAUUGUGCUCAAUAACCUUUCCUUGAACUUAAAUACCGUCGGAUUCUACCAGAUUUUAAAGAUCGCCAUUACCCCCACCGUCAUCUUUUUGGAGUUCCUCCUGUUCCGUAAGGUUCAGUCCUUACGGGUGCUGCUGGCGGUGGUGGUGGUGUGUGUGGGCGUGGCGGCGGCGGCCGUGACGGACACGGUGGCGGUGUCCAACCUGGUCGGAGUCGCCGUGGGGCUGGGCUCCGUGGUGGUGACGGCGCUGUACCAGAUCUGGGCGGGAUCGAAGCAACGAGAGCUGCGGGCGAAUAGCUCUCAGCUGCUACUUGCCUACACACCGCAGGCCACGGUCCUUCUAGCUGUGUUGGCCCCCCUGCUGGACGAUAUUGGCUUCGCCCACCCCGGACCCAACACCGUCCUGGGCUACAGCUACCGGCCCGCUGCGGUGGCUGCCAUCGUGGUUUCGGGGCUGCUUGGGCUGCUGGUCAGCCUGUCCACCUUCCUGGUCAUCGGAGCGACCUCCAGCCUCACGUACAAUGUCGUGGGGCACUCAAAAACGGUAAAAAAAGAGGAGGGGAGCGUAAACUUUGCUGCACGGGUUCUCAUUCUCGCGGGCGGCUGCCUCAUCUUCGGCGACUCCAUGCCCUGGAAGCGGCUACUCGGUAUCGCGGUGACCAUGUCCGGAAUAGCCUGGACGAAGGGCACUGGGCGAGGUAUUGCCUACAAUCGUCAAGGAACACUGCUCGCACGCCGACGGCCCAUCGGCAGCGGCACAGCUGGUAUUGCAACCCCCCACUUAAAGGCCGGAGAACGAGAUUUCCGGGUAACAAGCUUGUUGCACAAGACUGCACUCCACUCCUCCCCAGCCACUGAACACAACCGGAAAGCUGAAUCAGCAUCUGACCCCAGUACAGCACAUAUGUCGCAGCCGUCCAACCCCUUGCGGAUUCGUGUAGGCGAGCGAUUUACCAUCCGCACCUACUGCGACCAAUUUUAAUUCCCCCUCCCGGGCCGCCCAGAUGAAAUCUGUGCCUACCAAACACUGACAAAGAUACAGACGCACAAAUCAUGUGAGGCUACUUUGCCCCACACACACGAAGGAAAGGAAACGGCGACUACUUAAACCAGCGGACAAACAAUCAGCAAAGGCGGUUUACGCCUCUUUUUGUUCCUCACUCUACGAUGAGACGGUAGGAAGACACGAAAACAGUCUCUGCAUCUACAGCGGAAAUGAACAACCACUAACAACUCAUGACAUCAUCCACGUCAUGUACGACAGUCAGUGCAGAACAUGGGCCGACCGUAAAAUGCCGUGGGGGGGUUUUGUACGCCAAUAGCCCUUUCGUGAAAUCGCGGCCUUGACAUAUGCGCGCAGACCGCUAAGCCUACUUUCCAUCUACAUUUACAGGAGGGCAGCAGGGUAGGAAAGCUUUCUUCCGGUUUACAGCAUCCAGCUCGUACGUCCCAGCUGGGUCAAGGCCAGGAUAGUCCGGCUGUAAUGGGCGGCCGC